ACACGUAAAUGCUGUGCGUUACCUCACAGCCCUCACUCACCCUACAGUUGAUUUUAGGGUUAGGGUUUAGCCUCAGAGUCUGGAGAUUCUUCUUCCGCUGCUUCACUCUCUCAUCCAAUGGACCCAACAAAGAAGCGUAAGCUGGAAGAGAACGGCGUCUCCGCCGAAAUCGAUCCGUCUCUCUCGAUACUGACCCCAGAAGACGUCCGAAAAAUCGUCGACCGUAUCGACAAGGACAAGCUCAUCAAUAUCGUGGCGGCCGCCGCGGUCCGCCACUUGGACGUCCUCGAAGGCGUCCGAGCCCUCGCCGACUCCGACGUCUCACAGCGCAAGCUCUUCGUCCGCGGCCUCGGCUGGGACACCAAUACGGAUGGCCUCCGCAGCCUUUUCUCCUCCUAUGGCGAGAUCGAGGAGGCCGUCGUCAUUCUCGACAAGCAGACCGGCAAGUCCAAGGGCUAUGGCUUCGUCACUUUCAAGCACGUUGACGGCGCGCUCCUCGCUCUCAAGGAGCCCAGCAAGCGGAUCGAUGGUCGCGUGACCGUUACGCAGCUCGCGGCGGCGGGGAACUCUGGUAACAACGCGAAUGCGAACGCCGCCGAUGUAACGAUGCGGAAAAUCUACGUAUGGGAGGUGCCGCACGAAAUGUCUCCGGAUAAGCUGUUGUCCCACUUCAGUUCAUACGGGGAGAUCGAAGAGGGGCCUUUGGGGUUCGACAGGUUCACUGGGAAGUCGAAGGGUUUCGCGCUGUUUGUGUAUAAGACGGCCGAGGCGCAGGCGGCCUUGUCAAAUCCGGUGAAGAUGAUAGACGGGAGGCAGUUGAAUUGUAAAUUGGCGAACGUGGAUGGGAAGAAAGGGAAGCAAGGGGGGCCGCCCGGCCAGGCCGGGCCUGAUGGGGUUCAGGGCCCGAUUUCAGGUACUGGGAAUGAGGGGAUGGGGAUGGGUAUGGGAAUGGGUAUGACGCAGGGUUCGAUUCCAGGGUCGCAGUACGGCGGACCAGGAUCAAUCGGCACGUACGGAGCGUAUACUGGUGCGCCACCUAUGGGGAAUCAUCCAUUGAACUCGUCCUCGUUGGGUGGACCGGGGUUAUCGGCUGUUAAUAACCAGGCUCCAUCGUCUUUUGGUGGGACUGCUGGGUACGGCGCUGGACUGGGUGGGCCGUAUGGUGGGUAUGGCGGCAUUGGUGGGACUAGUGGGGGAUUGGGCGGUGCUGCUGCUGCUGUGGGUGGAUCCUCUGCAUUGUAUAGAUUGGCGCCAAGUUCGGUGGGAAUGCCCUCUGGUGGGUAUCCAGAGAGUGCGCAUUAUGGCCUCUCGUCAUCGGCUGGGUAUCCAAGUCAGCUCCUCCAGCCAGCGGGUAACUCCCCGGUGCCAAGGGUUCCGCCUGGUGGUGGAGCAAUGUACCCUAAUGUACCGCCUUAUUUUUGAGACAUAUGAGCCGUUUCUUUUACUGGUGCCCCAAGAAGGUGUAUGACAGCUUAUUCGGCGCUGAUGCUUUAUGUGGUUCUGGUGUUUCGUGAUUGCAGAGUUUGAUGAAUGUAUUAGCUGUUCGUUCCUUUACAGCCUCUUCAUCUGCACCUUUUGUACUGUGGUUAUUUUCUGAGUGUUUGUAGUAAAAGCAUCCGAGUUAGACUAGUUAUGUACUUCUAUCAGGAAGCAUUGUCUGGGUUUUUUAAUUAAUGAUAUAGUUUUAGUAAUAUACUGAAA